GGGGCCGGCCCGCUCCGCGUCACUUCCCCGGCACGGGCGGGAAGCGCAGCCUGGGCUCCUCCCGGGCGGCGGGGCCGCCGCGCUCCCGCCCCUCCGCCCCGGGGGUCCCCUCAGCGCUGGGCAGCCCGCCCGGCUCGAUGGAGGGGCGGCCGGCAGCGAAGCGCUCUGCGCGGUUCUACCCGGCUGCAGGAAACAUGGAGCAGCCCACAUGAAGGAGCGUGUGGAGUUUAUAUUCCUGCAAGAUGUUCCUUGGAGGACCAAGGCCAGUUUUCCAGGCCCCUGGGAGAUGAAGCAUUGACCACAUGACAUUUUUAUUUCAACAAGUGCUGUGUCAGUGCUGCUUUGUGUGAAGGACAAAGAUUUAUUUCUUCGCCUCGCCAUGUCGGCCGUGACGAGUGCCCUGACCCCAGAGGCCCCGAGCCCUCCCCAGCUGGAGGAGAAGCCAAAGGGAAAAUCCCUGUUCCAGCUGGGCUCACUCUUUGCUAACAGGAGUGAGAAAUUUGUGAUUGCUCGCAGUGACAGCUUGCCAGAGGAGAAUGUCCUGAAAAUCACAAUCACAGAGACCACGGUCAUCGAGUCCGACCUGGGCAUCUGGAAUUCCCACGCCCUCAUCUACCUCACUUUGUGGUUUUUCUUCAGCUUUUGCACUCUGUUCCUUAACAAAUACAUUCUGUCCUUGCUGGAGGGAGAGCCCAGCAUGCUUGGUGCUGUUCAGAUGCUUUCCACCACCUUCAUUGGCUGCAUCAAGAUGUUUGUCCCGUGCUGUCUGUACCAGCACAAAACCCGCAUCUCCUACCCCCCCAACUUCAUCAUGAUCAUGCUCUUUGUUGGAUUGAUGAGAUUUGCAACAGUGGUCCUGGGCCUGGUCAGCCUGAAGAAUGUGGCAGUUUCAUUUGCAGAAACUGUGAAAAGCUCUGCUCCUAUUUUCACUGUCAUCAUGUCCCGGAUGAUUUUGGGGGAAUACACUGGGUUGCUGGUGAAUCUCUCCCUGAUCCCUGUGAUGGGAGGGCUGGCUCUGUGCACAGCCACGGAAAUCAGCUUCAACAUCCUGGGCUUCUCUGCAGCUCUGUCCACCAACAUCAUGGACUGCUUGCAAAACGUCUUUUCCAAAAAACUUCUCAGUGGAGAUAAAUACAGAUUUUCAGCUCCAGAGCUUCAGUUCUACACAAGUGCUGCUGCUGUGGUUAUGCUUAUUCCAGCCUGGAUAUUUUUCAUGGACGUGCCUGUGAUUGGGAGAAGUGGCAGGAGCUUCAGCUACAACCAGGACAUUGUGAUUCUCCUGCUGACGGACGGGCUCCUGUUCCACCUGCAGAGCGUCACCGCCUAUGCCCUGAUGGGGAAGAUUUCCCCUGUCACUUUCAGCGUUGCCAGCACUGUCAAACACGCCCUGUCCAUCUGGCUCAGCAUCAUCGUGUUUGGGAACAAGAUCACCAGCCUGUCAGCCGUGGGCACGGUCCUGGUCACCGUGGGGGUCCUGCUCUACAACAAGGCCAAGCAGCACCAGCAGGAGACCCUGCACAGCCUGGCCAUGGCCCCACAGCCCCCAGGGCCCUCUGAGGACACCGAGCCCCUGAUCCCCAAGGAUUUGGAACCCUAUGAUUAAUGGGGCCCUGCAGCCUCCCGGCCGAGUGCGGCCCCAAGGAGAUCCUCCUGGAUGGGGUUGUAUGAGUUCCACAAACCCUCCUGGAUGGGGUUGUUCCUCUGAGUUCCUGAAAUCAUCCUUGAUGGGGUUGUUCCUCUGAGUCCCUCAAACCCUCCUGGAUGGGGUUGUAUGAGUUCCUCAAACCCUCCUGGAUGGGGUUGUUCCUCUGGUUCCUCUCAGUUCCUAAAAUCUUCCUGGAUGUGGUUGUUCCUCUGAGUUCCUAAAAUCUUCCUGGAUGUGAUUGUUCCUCCGAGUUCCUCAAACCCUCCUGGAUGUGAUUGUUCCUCUGAGUUCCUCAAACCCUCCUGGAUGUGAUUGUUCCUCUGAGUUCUUCAAACCCUCCUGGAUGUGAUGGUUCCUCUGAGUUCCUCAAACCCUCCUGGAUGUGAUUGUUCCUCCGAGUUCCUCAAACCCUCCUGGAUGUGAUUGUUCCUCCGAGUUCCUCAAACCCUCCUGGAUGUGAUUGUUCCUUCGAGUUCCUCAAACCCUCCUGGAUGUGAUUGUUCCUCUGAGUUCCUCAAACCCUCCUGGAUGUGAUUGUUCCUCUGAGUUCCUCAAACCCUCCUGGAUGUGGUUGUUCCUCUGAGUUCCUGGCAGGUCUUGCCCAGGAUUUGAAGCUGGAAGGAGCUGGGAAGGAUCCAGGAAAGCCUUGGCAAUCUGGUGCCCCAAAGAGAGGACCUGGAGCGUGGUGAACGUGGGCUUUAUUGUCUCUCCUUGACUCCAAAUCACAUCCAAGCCUGUGCUGGUGGAAGAACUUCGGUGUCCUGUGGGAGAGCAAUUCCUGUCUCCCUCCAAAUCCAAACAAUGUGAAAAUGGGGCCCCAGCACUGAAUUCUGCUGGCAGAGAGUUGGAAUUGGUGCCUCCUGGAAGUUUCUGCUUGUUGCUCUGCAUUUCCUGCAUCCUCCCUCAUUCCUGUGUGCUGGAGAGAUGGAACAGGUCCAAGGAGGGGAUUGUCCCACCCUGACCUCACCUCAAGCACUUGGGGGCUUUUUGGGCCCCCAAAACCUGCCAGAGCUCCAGGAGCAUUUGGACAGCACAAGGAGGGAUUUUGGGGUGGAUUUCGGUUUCUGUACAGGGCAGGAGUUGGACUGGAUGGUCCUUGUGGGUCCCCUCCCACUCAGGAUAUUCCAUAAUUCUAAGAGGGAUUGGAAUUCCCACCCUUCUCUCCCAAAAAAAAAAAAAACAACAACAAAAAAAACAACUUUAUAGGUUUGCUUGAAGCAAGCUAUGGGAAAUGAGCUGUGGUGAGCACCUGCUGCUGGCUACAAAUCCAGGAUUUGUAGUGGUUUAAAAUGUAAAAAUUGAAUGUGGAAAUAUUGCAUUCUGAUCAUUUAUUGGCAAAACUGAAAUGCAAAUAUUCACACACGUAGCCUGUGUAAAUGGAGUGUUGAAUUCAAUACUUGUAGUUGCUUAGAGGUAAAAAAAAAAAAAACUCUGAAAGUUGUGGUGACAAAGGAAGCAGGAUCUCUGCAUUUCUGUGAAAAACCAUUUUGUUGUUUUAAUUUCAUUUUAUUAUGCAUGAGGAAAGAAUUUGAUGGGGUUUUUUAUAUUCUUUCUAAGAGUGCAGCAAAAGGCUGCCUUUUAGAAUCUCAGGGUUAUGAGUCUGACCUGUGUGUAAAAUACCUAAUUUCUGAUGAUAUAAAGAAAUCUCAGAGGCAUCUGUGACAGAUGGGAGGAAUAUUAACCAUAAACUGAGGCAAAUCUUUAUUUCUGCUGCUUUUAAAUUUCCUUUUUUUUUAAAGGAAAUUUGUUUUUGUGGUAGAUCAAAGAUUAAAAGUUAACUUCCCUUUUCAAAAUUCUGAAGAACAGUCGGUUUCGACAAAAAAUAAAGCACAAAAAACAUUCACAUGGACUUUUUGGGAACAAAACUUGAGUUGAAAGGAGUGGGUUUUAAUAACUGCCACUCUUCUUCUGGAAGGUUGGAGCAUGGAUAUAUACUGGUCUUUAAGAAAAAAAAUAAUGGUUAACAGGAAAUUACAAGUGGAAUUCUGUACAAUUACAUUUCCACACCUCAGUGAUUACCUGGGGCAGAUUCCCCAAAGAUCUGAGGGAGAAAAAUGCCAAUUAUUUCAUCCUUGUGUAUGUGAUCCGUCUGUGGUAUUUUGUUUUCUUUUGUACUCCUGUCACUUUUAUAAAAGCUGUGGACCGUGGAGCUCUGUGGGUUUUUUUUUUUUUUUUAAUUUGUUUUCUGCUAAAUACAUUGAGAUUUUUGAAAGUAUAACUAAAAAAAAAAAAACAAAA